AUGGAAGACUUAACAGGUACUGAUAUGAAUAAUUCCAUUGUGCCUAACAUUACUUCUAACAGUGAAGAUUAUUGGGAUGCAGGAGAUCCUACUUUUGUUUGCGAGAAAUGUGGAGCACAUUUGUGUUCCAUAAACAGUGAAGAUAUGAUUGAUCCUGAUAUUGUCCUAUCAUUGAAGGAAAUGUUAGAUAAACACAACAAUAUUGCUCAAUCUUUUAGGUACGCUAGAGAUCGAUAUAGGGAAGAUGACUUCAGUGGAGUGAAGUUGAGGAUGAUUCGAAAGCGUGGCAGUUAUGGCAAAGUUUAUAAUCUUCCCUCUGCAUCAGAAGUUGCUGCUCUGAUUGUCGGGGAUAUAGACACCGCAUUGGGUGAUAGGGAUAUUGUUGUUAAGACACAAGAUAGAGUUUUGCAGCGUAUAAAUGUCAAGCAUCCGUUGUAUCUUGGUUUGCAGUAUCCUUUGUUAUUUCCUUAUGGUGAAGAUGGUUAUCGUGAUGAUGUCGAGCGAUCUUAUAUACCCCAAGGUAAGACGAAUCCAGGAUCCAAUGUUAGCAUGCGGGAAUUCUUUUCGUUCAGGAUUCAAAUGAGGUCAGGAGAGUCCCAAGUUCUCCUGAACUCAAGGAAGCUUUUUCAACAAUUUUUGGUUGAUGCUUACACUAUGGUUGAGUCUGAUCGGCUGAAUUUUAUUCGAUAUAACCAGAGUCAUCUCAGGGCAGAGUUAUACAAAAAUAUAAAACAUGCAUUUGACAGGGGUGAAGAUGAAGCUAUAAACACUGGAAAGCGUAUCAUUAUUCCUUCUUCGUUCACAGGUGGAACUAGGUAUAUGGCUAAGAAUUGUAAAGAUGCCUUUGCAAUUUGUCGUUGGGCUGGAUAUCCUCAUCUGUUUAUAACGAUCACCUGCAAUCCUAAGUGGCCAGAGAUUACCAGAUUUCUUAAGGCAAGAAACCUUAAUGCUGAAGAUCGUCCUGAUAUUCUUUGCAGAGUAUUCAAGUUCAAAUUGGACCAAUUGCUAUAUGAUUUAAAAAAUGGUCGUUUUCUUGGCACAUUUAAUGCACGUGUUUGUACAGUUGAAUUUCAGAAACGUGGACUGUCUCAUGCUUAUAUUAUACUUUUGUUGCAUCCCUCCGCAAAGCCUAAUACUGAACUUGACAUUGAUAAUUUGAUUUCAGUUGAGAUUCCUAACAAAGAUUUCAAUCCUUCACUUUUUGCAGCUGUCACGAGUUACAUGAUGCAUGGACCCUGUGGUCCUGACAAUUACAAGUCUCCUUGCAUGAAGAACAGACAUUGUUCAAAGAAAUUUCCCAAGAAGUUCUGCUCUCGUACUUUUAUUGAUGAUGAUGGAUUCCCUCAUUAUAAAAAAACAAAUGAUGGGAGUGUUGUCAAAAAGAACGGCGUUGAACUUGAUAACCGUUAUGUUGUGCCGUAUAAUGUACAACUUCUUCUAAAAUAUCAAGCGCAUAUCAAUGUUGAAUAUACCUGUCAGAGUAGUGCCAUUAAAUAUCUUUUUAAAUACAUUCAUAAAGGGCAAGACAGGGUGACAGCUGCUAUAAAUCAUUCAGAUGAUGAAAUCAAAAUGUUUUAUGAUUGCAGGUAUGUGUCUGCAUGUGAAGCUGCUUGGAGAAUAUUCGGAUUUGAAAUUCAUUAUAGAUUCCCCCAUGUUCAGCGAUUGCCAUUUCACCUACCCAAUGAAAAGAGCGUUGUUUUUAGUGAUCAUGCUUCAAUAACUGAUGUCAAGACUAGGGCAGAAUCUAGACAAUCAAUUUUUGAGUCUUGGAUGGAUGCAAAUAAAAAAUAUCCAGAAG